AUGGAAGCUUCAGAAAUACCCCUCUCCGUCACCUUGCUCGGGGAAGCUCGAGAGUUACUUAGCGUUCUUCGACAAAACAGGCGAUUUGGCUAUCUUCUUUCAUUUGCAGCAGCCUCCCAACCAGCGGAGCAUCCUCUCGUCAAAGAGGUUAAGUCCUUGCGUGACGUCGUCAAAGGCGGAACGCCGAGUGCGGAAGCCCCGGACUCCCUCAACUUGCCUCCAAAAGGCCAGCUUGUGCACCCAGAUGCGCUACUUUCAGCCCUUGACCCGUUUCUCGAAGUUGUCAAGUCGAGGGAUGCUUCAGGUAUUAUUACGGGUGUGGCUUUGCUCUCGCUGGAUAGAAUCACUACGCGUCUUCUUGUCCUUGCCAUCCAAUACCAAGCACUCUCUCAAUAUUCAGUGGUUCUCAGUUCGAUCAUGGACGCCGCUUCCGCCUGUCGUUUUGAUGCCACUGACCCUGCGGCAGAUGAGGUUGUACUUGCCAGAAUCUGUGCAGUCGUAGUUCGCAUCGCGACGUCUCUCUCUCUUCCUCUCCUCUCUGACGCUUCAAUUUUGCGCGCUAUUGAGGCGUGCCUCCGAAUUGCGGCCGGUCGUCGUCGUGGUUCCGAUCUUCUCAAGCGAACUGCUGAUGCCGCUUUGGUCAACAUAUUUACGGCCAUUGGCCAGAAUCUUGUCACUAUCUGCGAGUCUAGCAAGGCGCCUCGCAAAACUGGGAAAGAGUUGUCCCCUCUAUUUGUUGACGGCGUUAAUAGUCCUGUCUUUGGCUUCUCGUUAGACACGGAUUCCUUUUCACAGCAUGGGCGUGCGACUGCCGAUAUCGUUGGUGCAGUUGUGGAGCUCUGUGCUCGCAUGUCAGACCCGGUGCAAGCGACUUCCCAUGCUGAAAGAUCUUUGGGGAUGCAGCUAUUAUCGGCAAUCUUAGGGUCGGCUGGAACGAAGUUUAGAAACUUUCCUUCACUGAAGCGCCUCCUCAUGAGCCAAUGUUCACGGGCGGUCCUGCGCUCUCUCGGAAUGUUUCAAUCACAACCUUCUACGAUUUCAGCGGCCUUUACUGUGGCUACGAAGAUGGUUUACGUGCUUCAGGAAGACGGUGGACCGUUUCUUCUAGCUCUUUUGGAACGCGUCUUCCCGUUCUACAUUUCUGGAUACGAGAACGUACUGCCUAUGGUCUCUCGUCCGUCAGAUACAAACGGCGUGGCAGAAAAUGCGAACGGAAACGGGCGCACUCCUAUGUCGUCAGCCGGCGGUGGAAGCGUGGUACACGGUUUCGUAGAGAUUGACCCGUUUAUCCGUGAGAUUGGACUGGAAGCGCUAGCAGCACUCCUGUCAUCGCCAGGAUUACUAUGCGUCGUAUACAGGAUUGCAGACUGCGAUCUCGAGCGCAAUGAUGUUGUCGCUCCUUUACUGAAGGCGCUGGGGUACGCAGCAAAGGCGAGGCGAGUUCGACGACGAUCGAAACGCUUACGAGCUUCAUCAAGCGGAGCGAAUCACACUUCAAGCGCAACGGCCGAUGCAGAUAGCGACGAUGACGACACGACUAUGACCGGUGCCACGAAUGCUGAAUCAUCGCGCUUUUCACGAGCGGCUGCGUUGCUAUGCGCGGAAUCUAUCCUCGCUAUCAUUGACACAAUCAACGAGCAACUGACGGUCCAGUCCGAUGGAUCUGUCCACCAACCUGACGGCGACAGGACACUUUUGUUAGAGAGCCGGGCAUUGCGAAAACAAAAAGCAAAGCUGCAGCAUGCUGCUAAGGUUUUUAAUUCGUCAGAGAAACUGGAAAAAGCAACCAGAUUACUUGCAAUGUUGAAGGAGCACGGUUUAGCCAGUACGACAACUUCAGAAUUGGGCACUGUGAGGGAAGACUUGGAGGCCGAUGUGCAAUCAAUAGUGAGGUUCUUGCGUGAAACUCCCGGCUUGAACAAGCAGAGAAUAGGGGUGGUUAUUGGUGAACCAGAUGCAUUGUCACGUCGUGUCUUGGCAGAUUACACUGCUACCUUCCAAUUCAUGGGCAGACCAUUUACGGAGUCACUUCGGGUUUUUCUGGAAAGCUUUCGGCUGCCUGGUGAAGCUCAGAAAAUUGAUCGCAUUGUACAGUCCUUUGCGGAAAGAUAUUGUGAGGAGAACAAGCCUUCUGUUUCGGCAUGCAAUACUGAAGAAGUGGCACUGCACCAUGGGACGGAGGCAAAGGAAACUGCAAACGGGUAUACCCGAGGUGGAGGAGACAUCAACGCGGCGAAAACUGAGAGCGUACCCGCACACUCAGAUGUUCAAAAUUGUAUGGAAAACCGGCAUCGUAUGGGGGUUUUGAAGAACGCAGAUGCGGCCUACGUUUUGAGCUAUUCAGUCGUCAUGUUGAAUACAGACCAGCAUAACGACUCAAUCAGGAAGAAGAUGACCCUUGAAGAUUUCUUGCGCAACAGCAGAGGGAUAAAUGAUGGGGAGGAUCUACCGAAAUGGUUCUUGGCAGACAUCUACCGUUCUAUUGCCGCAGUAGAGAUCAGAAUGAGCGAUGAAGCUGGCAUCGGUGCUCUGACGGAUGUUCAUUGGGACGAACAGCUUAGGCAGAUGGGGAACAAGACGCUUCCGAGUAUUGAGAGUUAUCGGGAGUUUAACGAAGAAAUCUUUACGCUAUCUUGGGAAUCUGCAGUGGUGGCAGCGAAUGCCAUUCUCAACGAGGCUGGAGAUGCAAACUCCGUGCAAAAGGCCUUGGAAGGCUUUCUGGAAAUUGCUCGAUGCUCAACUGCGUAUCAGAUGAGCCGCCCCACUGAUGCUGUGAUUUCGUCCUUGGCAACGGCGACCACUCUUCGUGAAGGACCAUUGCAUGGCGCUAUUGCUCGUUUUGGUACAGACAUCAAAGCGCAGAUGGCGUGUGUCGCGCUUUCAGGGGUUUCCCGACAGUGUGCAGAUUGGCUGCAAAGUGAAGGAUGGCAGUCUUUGGUAGCGUACCUUUUGCGUUUACAUGCCUUGGACCUUCUCCCUGUCGACCUUGAACAACAAGUCGGUGGUAAUGGACCAGAAUUGGCUGGUGUUAGCACGGAGUUACCCCCAUCGAAGUUAGUACCCAUGUGGUGGCCGUCGCAGCGAGGCAGAUGCAAAGAUUCGAAGGCUGAGGAUGAAAAACCGCGAAAAACAUCCCGUCCAAAUGGCUUUUUGGCUGCGCUGAUUGCAGCAUCCAUUGGGCCAGAGGUAGAUUCAGAGGAGGAAGAUGAGUAUGGCAGUAGCCAUGCGGUGAACGGUGACGGCCGCAUCAUUCGGAAGACUUCAAAUGCACCUCCUUAUUACCUCAGAAUGCAGAGUCCAGAAGAGCGCGAAGCCCAAGAGCUUGCCAGAAAAUGCAUCGCGGGUUGUCGAAUUGAAGAUGUGAUCAUCAACGAGGCAAAAGUUUUGCAGUCCUCGGCCUUAGAACACCUAGCAGAUGCCGUUGCCAGGUCAGCUGUCAGGACCAUGGAAGGCGGAGAAAAUGGGUCUGAAGUCAAGAACAGCAGAGUUGUCGAUGAUCACGCGAAUGGAACGGAAGCGUCAAUGCUAGACUGGGAUGAAAUUGCCCCCCCAAGUCCAAAAGGUGAUUCUUCUGCCAUAGCUGGUGUUACAAACAAGUACCGAGCCUUGGCUGCAGCCGAAUCGGAGUCAGAUUUUUCGUCGUUCGGUCUUUCGUCACCGUGGACUGGGCAAGUGAAGGAGCGGGACGAGCGCAAGGCCAGAAGUUUUGUUACAGCGUUUUGCAUUGACCUGCUGUGCGAACUCACGUUGCAGAAUCGCGAUAGACUUCGCUUGCCAUGGCCUGCGCUCCACGGACUUUUGGUUCGAGUCAUCGCACCAGCAACGCAGCCGUCUGCUGUUCUAGAGAGGGCUGUUGUUUGCUUGUUACGAGUUGGCGUCCGACUCCUUCAUCGCGAUGAAGUAAGAAAUGACGUUUUGAGAGGCCUCAAUCUCCUAGUGCGAUUGCCACCUGACACCGCUGAGGUUUUAUCCGUGCCGAUCGCUGCGGGUGUGUUCAAUAUCGUGAAAACGCAUGGUUCUGGGAUUCAUUCGACAUCAGGCUGGCACGCAAUUUUGUCGAUUUUGGAGAGUUCAGCUCGGUAUCAGUGCGAAGCUCGAGAGAUAGGUUUGGAUACAAUAUCUUGUUUGCUUCGAGAUCAUUCAUCCACAUUUGCGGUUAGUGCAGAAACAUUUACUCCUCUGCUCCAUGCCAUCCUUGCGUAUACAUCAUGUCUGUCUAUUGAUGUUUCAAUAAGGGCACUAGAUUUACUCUUCCUUCUCUCGCAAAGAAUCUCCUCAUUCUCAAAGAAAUCAGGGAUUGAAAGAAGCACUGGAGCAAACGGAAGACCACUUGUACUCCCCCAAAUGGAAGACGAGUUGUGGUCAGAGUUCUGGGGCCCUCUGUUCCUUGGUUUUGCAGCGUCUGUGCGAGACCCUCGUGGGAAGGUCAGAAAUUCUGCUCUUGGAGUGCUCGAGCGGGUUGUCGCAUCCAGCAGCUCCGCCGAUUUUUUGUCAGCGGAACAAUGGAACAGAGCGUUAUCGACAGUACUACUGCCGCUUAUGACACAAUUAUUCACAACCCAUGGUUUCUUGGCGGCAACUCUGGAAGCGGAACAGACUGCACAAAAGAAAUUGUUGGCAGAGCGGAAUAGUGGAACGUCGGUUAUGCGAGGCAGGUCGCGGAAUGCAGCCACCUCAACAGAGCAUCAGGAGCAAUUGAGGAGAUCUGUCGCCUUAGCAUGCAACCGGACACGACUGAAAGCAGUCACGCUCACGUCUAAGACUUUUUUGCAACAUCACGUUGCCAUCGCACGAGGAAUCAGUGAUGAGGCGUUUACGGAAUUGUGGAUUGGAGUUCUCGAGGUAUUUCGGGUAGCCAUUGAGAGUGGUACAAGUGAAAUAUGGAACCAGGGUGCCACUACAGAGAAACAUGACGACCUUGUAGAACAUAUACCAGAGAGCGUGAAAAACCUUCUUCUCGUUAUGUGCGACUGUGGUUUGCUCAAAGCAAACCAGAACGUGCGAUGGAAAGCAACAUUUGAUGUGGUGCGAGAGUUUGUGCCUGGAAUUGAGGCUACCAUUACGGCCGCGACAUCUGAGUCGGUACCAAGAAAACAAGAGGGGACAUUGAUGCCUACAGAGGCCCUUACUGGAGCGGAGACAAGUGAUGCCCCGAUGCUACAACAAGGAGGAAAUGGGGUAGGGAAUCAAUCCCCAGCAACGUCAAUCUCAGUGGCAUUACCAACGUAGAAUACGAAUCAUCUUGCCUUCGAAACAAGCAUUAAAUUAUGUCUCCACCACGUCUGCACCAAUCUCUCUACAAA